UUAAAGAUCUAGAUAUUCAUCACCUUUCCCAGGCCCUGGAGUUCAUGACAAGGAAACCAAUAUUUACAGAUCAAAAAGAAUCUGUGGUGCCCAUUGACCAGUUUCAGCUGAAAUCAGAUUUAGACAAGCAGGACGGCAACCUGAAAUACAUUUUGACUGGGGAGGGAGCUGGAAAUAUUUUUAUCAUUGAUGAAAAUAAUGGCAAAAUUUACGUGACACAAAAGUUGGAUCGAGAAAAGAAACCCUUCUACACCCUGAGAGCACAAGCAAUUAACAGGAGCACCCAGCUUCCUGUUGAACCUGAAUCAGAAUUUAUUAUUAAGGUUCGAGAUGUCAAUGAUCAUGAACCACAGUUCUUGGAUGGACCUUAUGUGGCCACUGUUCCAGAGAUGUCACCUGAAGGUACUUCCGUUACACAGGUAACAGCUACAGAUGGUGAUGAUCCUUCUUAUGGGAAUAGCGCCCGUCUGCUUUACAGUCUUAUUCAGGGACAGCCUUAUUUCUCUGUGGAGCCAAAGACAGGGGUCAUCAGAAUGGCUUCCCACAUGGAUAGAGAAACAAAAGAUCAGUAUCUGGUCAUCAUCCAAGCCAAAGAUAUGGUUGGGCAAGCAGGGGCAUUUUCAGCAACAGCCACUGUUACCAUCAACCUUUCUGACAUCAAUGACAAUCCACCUAAAUUUCAACAGCGACUCUACUAUAUGAGCGUCUCUGAAGAGGCUCCUGUGGGCACUACUGUAGGCAAAGUCUUCGCCGAAGAUAGCGACAUAGGCGAGAACGCAGCCAUGAACUAUUUCAUUGAAGAAGAUAGCUCUGAUGUUUUUGACAUUAUUACUAGCAAUGAGACGCAAGAAGGAAUUAUCUUAUUAAAAAAGAGAGUGGAUUAUGAGAGCAGAAGGAGAUACAGUAUUCUAGCAAAAGCUGUAAAUAGGUACAUUGAUGACCGGUUUCUGAAGGAAGAGACAUUUGAAGACAAAACCAUUGUCAAAAUCAAUGUGGAAGAUGCUGAUGAACCUCCAGUUUUCACCUUGGAAAACUAUGUGAUGGAGAUUGCUGAAGCGGCUGUGAGUGGCUCACUGGUGGGCAUUGUAACUGCUAAAGAUCCAGACAAAGAUGACUGCCCAGUCAGGUACUCUAUUGUCCAUGGCAUGCAUUUAAUGAGAUUGUUCAGCAUCAAUGAACACAAUGGAACAAUCAUUACAACUCAACCUCUGGACCGAGAGAUAGCUUCUUGGCACAACAUAACAGUUACAGCCACAGAAACAAGAAACCCUGAAAAAAUUUCAGAAGCAAAUGUGUAUAUCCAAGUUCUCGAUAUUAACGAUCACGCACCAGAAUUCGCUAAAUAUUAUGAAACAUAUGUUUGUGAAAAUGCAGUUUCUGGCCAG